CAAUAAGUCUAACCCGAUAAAAGCACUAGGUCAUGGUGGCUGUGCAAUUUUGCAUUGAGUUCAUCCCCACACUCGGUUAAGUAAAUUCAGGUUCGAAACUUGAACUUUCUUCAUGGCGUCAUGGAUACCCACUGUUGCUGCAGUCGGAAUGGCCAUUGGGCCCCCAUUGGUUUAUGUCGAUCAAGCUGUGUCUAUUGUUCGCAAAAAGGACUCUACAGGAUUCUCUCGUGAUGUCUGCGCCAUUCUGUGAGCUCUCUGACAUCACUCUGCUGCACCCUGCAGCACUGACAUGAUUCCACACCCUCUAACCCCUCCAUUGUUUCACCGAAGACUAAUUGCAAACAUAACUCGAUGUUUUUUCUGGUUGGGUGAUCAUUUCGAGCUUGCCCUGCUCGUGCAGUCCAUUUUAAUGAUAAUAGCGCAGCUGGCCUUGCUCUACAUUUGCGUUCGAUACCGCCCACGUGUGAGCCCUGAAAACUUCGGGGCGUCGUCCCGUCCCCUUUCGUUUUGGCAGUGGCAUACAUAUGCUCAACAUAUUGAAUUUCUUGCUGGGUUCAUUUUAUGUUCAGCGAUAUUGUUCUUGAUCUUUAGUCGAUCGGACCUAUACAUUACGAUACUAGGGUUUGUCGCCUUGGGACUGGAGAGCACACUGCCUAUUCCGCAGUUGAUCAGGUAAUCGACACUAGACGUCCACACGUUUGACUGACAUUCCCUCGUGCAGUAAUUACAAACAGCGAUCACUGUAUGGCUUCCGUGCUUCAACUCUCCUUGGAUGGGUGGGGGGCGACUCGUUCAAGACUGUGUAUUUUUUUCUUCAGGGCUCACCCCUGCAGUUCAAGGUGUGUGCAGUGUUCCAACUAUCAGUAGACUGUGCCAUUAUCCUGCAACGUCUUUACUAUGGCAAUGCAGCUCCACCGGCAACACUCGAAGAGGGGGAUGAUCUUGAGCAGGAAGCUUUGGCACUGUCAGAAGAAUAGAAUAGAAUGUUAGUGAAAUAAGAUUUUAUGUACUUACAUGCCUUCCAUGUGUCAUAUUUGUUGGUUUACCCGCAA